GGUCGCCCAUUGGACGAGUGUUUACUGACGUCAUGGGCGGAAGGUCACGGAGCCGCGUACCGGAAGUGAGAGCAGAGUCGUUCCGCCAUUGUAGGAUCUAGGCAGAGUCAGGGCUCUUUUAGUCAGACAUUACUGGCGCUUACGCGCAGCGAGGGCCACCGAGGAAAACGAGGCGACCUCGCCGUAUCGUGUAUCUGUAGUACACCGCAAGCCUGUCGCUUUAAAUCCUCGCCCGUACGGGGUUCUGGGAGCGCAGGAGAGGAGAGCCCGAGCAGCCGAGACGCAGAGGGAUCCCGCAGGCGGCCGCAAGCAGCAGAGACCGUGGACCAUCGUGACCAGUCCGCCAGCCGCGCUCCCCAGAGGAUGUCCGCGACUACCGUAGACCAGAGACCCAAAGGACAAGGAAAUAAAGUUCAGAACGGUUCGAUGCAUCAGAAAGACGCUGUAAACGAUGACGACUUUGAGCCUUACCUGAGCGGUCAGACGAAUCAGAGUAACAGCUACCCCCCGAUGUCAGACCCCUACAUGCCCAGCUAUUAUGCUCCAUCCAUCGGGUUCCCCUACUCCCUGGGUGAAGCUGCCUGGUCCACUGCUGGGGACCCCCCAAUGCCCUACUUGACCACCUAUGGACAGAUGAGCAAUGGCGAGCACCACUUCAUCCCGGACGGCGUGUUCGGCCAGCCGGGGGCCUUGGGCAACACGCCCCCCUUCCUCAGCCAGCACGGCUUUAACUUCUUCCCCGGCAACGCGGACUUCUCCACCUGGGGCACAAGCGGCUCGCAGGGACAGUCGACGCAGAGCUCGGCCUACAGCUCCAGCUACGGCUACGCGCCCAGCUCCCUGGGCCGGGCCAUCGCCGACGGGCAGGCCGGCUUCGGCAGCGACACGCAGCUGAGCAAGGUGCCGGGCCUGGGCACCAUCGAGCAGGGCAUGGCGGGCCUCAAGCUGGGCUCUGACAUGGCCGCCGUCACCAAGACCGUGGGCUCGCCGCUGGGCGGGGCCGCUGGCAUGAGCAGCAUGGCCGCCAGCAGCGUGCCUCCUGUCAGCUCCUCGGCUCCCAAGCCCACCUCGUGGGCGGCCAUUGCCCGCAAGCCCGCCAAGCCCCAGCCCAAGCUGAAGCCCAAGGCCAACGUGGGUGGGGUUGGCGCUGCCAUCCCCCCGCCCCCCAUCAAACAUAACAUGAACAUUGGCACUUGGGACGACAAGGGGCCCAUUGCCAAACCGCCCCUGGCGCAGCAGAUGAUGCCCCCCCAGACCCUGGUGCAGCAGGCGCUGCUGCCCCCUACUCAGCCGCUGAUGCCCAGCCCGCUGCCCCCGCAGGCCGCGCACCAGCACCAGCACCAGCCCCUGCAAAUGCCGCUGCACUCCACCCAAGGACCUCCGCAGCUGCCCCCAGGGCCCCCUCACCCCCACCAGCAGCACCCCGCACCCCCUGGCCCGCCCCAGACCCUCCCACAACCUCCACAGCAGCAGCAACACCAGCAGCAGCCUGCACCUCCCCAGAACCGGUGGGUGGCGCCUCGUAACCGUGGCGCCAGCUUCAACCAGGGUGGCGGACCGGAGAGCUUUGGUCUUGGAGGGGGCAUUCCCCUGAGCGUGCCCCCGGCCUCUGCCGAGGUCCACCCCAUGCUGGAGAACCUCAAGGCCCUCAACAACUACAAUCCCAAAGACUUCGACUGGAGCUUGAAAAACGGUCGCGUGUUCAUCAUCAAGAGCUACUCGGAGGAUGACAUCCACCGUUCCAUCAAGUACUCCAUCUGGUGCAGCACGGAGCACGGCAACAAGCGUCUGGACGCCGCCUACCGCUCACUGGGCGCCAAGGGGCCGCUCUACCUACUCUUCAGCGUCAAUGGCAGUGGACACUUCUGCGGCGUGGCCGAGAUGAAGUCGCCGGUGGAUUACAACGCAUACGCUGGAGUUUGGUCUCAGGACAAGUGGAAGGGCAAGUUCGAGGUGAAGUGGGUCUUUGUCAAGGACGUGCCCAACAACCAGCUGCGGCACAUCCGCUUGGAGAACAAUGACAACAAACCUGUCACCAACUCCAGGGACACUCAGGAAGUCCCGCUAGAAAAGGCGAAGCAAGUGCUUAAAAUCAUUGCAACGUUCAAGCAUACCACCUCAAUCUUUGAUGACUUUGCACAUUACGAGAAGCGCCAGGAAGAGGAAGAGGCCAUGCGUAGGGAGCGGAACAGAAACAAAUAGUGACCUUGUGGAGAUGUCCCUGCUAGAACUGCAACACUAAUUAUGUAGACCCUUAAAUAAUUGCCUAAAUUUGAGGAAGAGCUCUGAGGAGGUUUUCAGCCGAUGGCGAUGACUCGGAAAACAACGUGACGAUGGACUCCUCCGUCAGUUUUUGGUCCAUCUGCCCAUAUACUCCUGUCUCACAGAUAUUGUGAAAAGUACACAAACUAUAUUUAAAGCACUUUCAGUCCUUUUAAAAGCUUCUACCAAUACCCUUAAUUUUCUCUGGAUUUUUUUUUUUGUUUAUUAACUGACUAACCAGUAUAGUUGGUUGUUAAUGGUUCACAAGUUUUUUUUUUUUUCCCCUCUUCCCUCCACAUUUUGAGUUAAAUUAAUUUAUGUGUUUGUAUACUGUAUAUACACACACCUAAAUUAAUAACAACUCCUACUUGAAUCUGAAUCGAGCUGCCAGAUUCUCGAGCAGAAUUCAGGUGAAGCAGGAUGGCCUUUCUGCCGGAAGCCGGGCGGGAUAGUGAUGUUGUGGAUGGUUACUCACUUGUUUUUGUUUUGUUACCGUAAGCUGAGUUUGCAGCACGGUGGGCGACACCAGUAAAUGCACACAUUAGUUUUUACUGUAAUAAAUGUUAUAAAGAAGUUGCAUUUGUCUAAAUUGGAGAAAUUUGUUCAGUGCUAAACAGUUACGAAAUCGUCCUGAACUAUGAAGGGUGACGUACCUCAGCCUAAGACGGACUUCUUCUUAAGACCUCUGUAACCGUAUUUACGAUAGAGCGUCCUGCUGUGGGAACUUUCCCCAAAGCAGAUCAGUAUCAUGCAAGUGAAAGUUUUCUUCUCUAGGUGAUUCACUAGCUAAAUAAACAUGAUACUUGUUUAGCGAUCUCA